CCUCCGUCCGCUCGCCCCCGCGAGAAGUGGGAGCUGAGUUCUCGCGAGACUCCGGCGCUGCCGCAGAAGGAGCAGCUUCGUCGCGCUGAGGAAGAAGGCAGGCGAAGGCGACACCGAAGGGCGCCGGAGGCUCGGUCGCCCGCCUCGUGCUCCUUCCUCCUCCUCCUCCUCCUCUCUCGUCUCCCCUCCCCUCCCCUCUCCUCCCUCGCCGGCCGCCCCCGCGUCCCCUGCCCCGCUCCUCCUCUUCCUCCUCCGCUCGCGGACCCGCCGGGACGAUGCUGCGGGGCCCAGCCACCCUGCCCGCGGCCCUCUCGCUCCUCCUGGCCACAGCAGGGAGCCUCUUGCCGACGCCGGUUGGUGCGCAGAACGCUGGGUUUGUCAAGUCGCCUAUGUCAGAGACUAAACUCACAGGGGACGCCUUUGAGCUGUAUUGUGACGUGGUUGGGAACCCCACUCCAGAGAUCCAGUGGUGGUAUGCUGAAGUCAACCGGGCUGAAUCUUUCAAACAGCUAUGGGAAGGUGCUCGAAAGCACCGUGUCGCCAUUAACACUGCCUACGGGGUGAAUGGCGUGAGCGUGCUGAGAAUCACUCGUCUUACCUUGGAAGACUCUGGGACAUAUGAGUGCAGGGCCAGCAACGAUCCCAAAAGGAAUGACUUGAGGCAAAAUCCUGCCAUAACGUGGAUCCGAGCCCAGGCUACUAUAAGUGUCCUUCAGAGUUCAGAAGUAUUGAGGAGAAUCUGUGAAACUGUCUUCUAGUUCUUCUGAAAACAAGCCUG